UGCAAGUUGGACGUCCGCACGCGAGGCCUGACGGUCUUCUUCGAAAUUUUGAAGACCUACGGCUCCACCUUCCAUCUCGCCUGGUGGAAUCAAAUUUUCAAGCUCAUCUUCUCCAUCUUCGAACACGGCCGAGAUACGACCAGCACACCCCAAACUCCACAGACAGACGUCAACAAGGUCAACCGGCAACGACUCAUUAGUAAUUGCGAGGUCGAACUGCCCGCCAUUAGCCACCGUGUCUUCACUAGUGCUGCUGAUCGAAGCGAAUGGCUGAACACUACCUGCAAUCAUGCUCUCUACUCCGUGGUCGACAUUUUCACCCAGUUCUUCGACCAGAUUGGCAGCACUCUCCUAUCCGACCUCUACGCCCAACUGCGUUGGUGCUGCCUUCAGGACCACGAACAAUUGGCGCGCUCAGGAACCAGUUGUCUGGAGACUGUUGUCCUCGCUAGUGGGGCUCACUUUGACGAAGAGAAGUGGACCAGCACCAUUAAUCUCCUGGUCGGUCUUUUUAAGACCACCGUGCCUCACGAACUCCUCACCUGGCGACCGCUGUCCUCUUAA